AUGAGCAGCAGCAGCAUCAGUAGUAGUAGUAGUAGUAGUAGCCGCAUUGGAGGUAAAAGUAAAAUCCAGUGCAGCAAGUGUCAGAAAAAGUGUUCGGGCGAGGUGCUGCGCGUUUCGGAUCGCUACUUCCACAAGACAUGCUUCCAGUGCACCAAGUGUCACAAGUCGCUAGCUACCGGGGGGUUUUUCUCGAAGGAUGGUUCCUACUACUGCACAUUCGACUAUCAGAAGCUCUACGGCACCAAGUGUGCCGCCUGCGGUCAGUACGUUGAGGGUGAGGUUGUGUCAACGAUGGGCAACACAUAUCAUCAGAAGUGCUUCACCUGCAGCAAAUGCAAACAGCCAUUCAAAUCUGGCAGCAAGGUUACCAACACCGGCAAGGAGGUGCUGUGCGAGGGCUGUGUGAAAUGUCCACCCGGUAGCGGGGUAGGCGGUGGAGGAGCAUCUGUUGGGUCGCCUACGGUUGGUGGUGGUGCAUCGGCCACAGUUUCGCCCAAGAGCCGUGCGAUUGAACAGAAGCAGGAGCAGCGUACGAUCAAGGAGAUCACCUCGAGUCCAACGAAAGCUGCCACGCUACAGCACCAUCAGGAGACGGUUAAGAAGCAGCAGCAGUUGCUUCAGAACGGUGGCAAACAACCGGACCCGAACGAUUGUGUCGGUUGUCAGCAGCAGCUGAAGGAAGGCCAAGCACUGAUUGCUCUCGAUCGUCAGUGGCAUAUUUGGUGCUUCAAAUGUAAUGCCUGCGGUACGACACUGAAUGGAGAGUACAUGGGUAAGGACGGUGUACCGUACUGUGAGAAAGACUUCCAGAAGUCGUUCGGUGUCAAGUGUGCACACUGCAACCGGUACAUUAGCGGCAAGGUGUUGCAAGCCGGUGAUAACCAUCACUUCCAUCCCACGUGCGCACGUUGCACCAAGUGCGGCGAUCCAUUCGGCGAUGGAGAGGAGAUGUAUCUGCAGGGUGGCGCCAUCUGGCACCCGAGAUGCGGUCCCGGACCGUCGUCCGAAGCCGGCAUCUUGAACGGCGUCGAUACGAACGGUUUUAACACCGAGACGGAGUUCGAUCGCACCAGCACUAGUGGUAUGAGUGAAAUUCAGUUCACGUAUCGUUCACAAACUCCGAGUGUUAAUGGUUCAGUUUAUAGUCCCUACACGCAUAGAAAGUAUCAUCGCACCACCAGCCCGGGGUUAAUAUUAAGAGAAUACAAAAAUCAAGGCUAUGAGGAUAUCGCCCGUAUCUAUACCUACAGCUACCUUACCGAGGAACCCGGUUACCUGCGGCGCCCAAUCGAACCGUACGAUAGGGUCCCGGUGUCACCGCACUUUCACCGACCGGCACACUAUUCCUCCAUGGGUGGUACGGCCAGCAGUGUCGGUACGCGGUCCACAUCCGGUUCGCGUUCGCACUCGCGCAGUCGCAGCGCUAUGAAGGUGCUGGUCGAUAGCAUCCGAUCGGAAACACCCCGUCCGAAGAGCCCGGGCAUGAACAACGAGGAGCCGAUCGAGCUGAGCCACUAUCCCGCGGCUAAGAAGCCUCCGCCAGGCGAGAAACCAAAGAUCGAACGGGAUGAUUUCCCGGCCCCGCCUUACCCGUACACGGAUCCGGAGCGUCGUCGCCGCUAUUCCGACUCGUACAAGGGUGUACCUGAAUCAGACGACGAAGUCGAUCAUGCGAAUAAUAAGGAAAACGUCACGGAAAAACGUCACACGAAGGAGGAAGAAGAACUUCGCAAACUGAAAUCAUCCGGCAUGGGUACGGUUAUACUGAAGGAUCUACAAGAGAAGAAGCGCUACGAACACUGGAAGCAGGAAAAUCUAGACCCACGCAACGCUUCCCGCACGCCGUCCGCUGCGAAGGAGCCAAUGCACCGAAUGCGCUACGAAUCACCGGUUGGUGCAUCGCCUUCGCGUAACCUAGACCAUCAGAAACCAUUCUACGAGGAUGAGUUCGAUCGCUCCACCAGUUACCGUGGAUCGGUCGGUCGUGCCAUUGGAAACGCGACCAGUUACAAUGCCAUCCAUUCGUACAGGUCACCUCCGAAGCCGGGAUAUGGAUUCAAAACGUCCACACUGCCACCGUCGCUAAGAAACGGUUACAGCUCCGAUUUCUCGUUCAGCGGACUCGGAGAUAAGACCCACAGUACGGAGUUCAGCUGCGGUAAAAGCGACAUUUCCGGCGAUUCCAUAACUGAAGGCGAUCGUCGUGCGUUGGGUGCAGAGAUUCCUGCCUCCAGUACGUAUUCCGGUGCACUUUCCUAUCACUACCCGCAGCAACCAACACGUCGCAGCUUGCCCAAUAUGGCCCACUCGAUGCUGGUGCACGAGCCGGCCAAAAUUUAUCCUUAUCAUCUGCUUCUAAUCACUAACUACCGAUUGCCGUCUGAUGUCGAUAGAUGUAAUCUAGAGCGUCACCUAUCGGAUGUGGAGUUUGAAGCCAUUCUUCAAUGUACGCGGCCAGAGUUUUACCGUAUGCCCCAGUGGAAGCGCAAUGACAUGAAGCGACGUGCACGCUUGUUUUAA